AUGUCCGACAAGUACAAAGCGUACAAGGAACGUAUGCAACGCAUGUACGUAAUGCCGCGUUAUGAUCCCGUCUAUGUGGAACCGAAUUUGAAGGAGUACGAGACGCAGGUACUCCAGAUGAGCGUGCCGGUCGACGACAACGACAGUUGCAAUGAUUUACAGUUGGACUUCAGCAACAAAAAUCACGCGUUCAGCCUGGACAAUGUCAGUUACAUCACCAAAGAUCAUGGAGACAGUACUGGCCAACAAAGUCCCGUUAGCUCCGAAGCGGCAACUACGGCGCGCGCGUCCAGCAUCGCCGGUAAUCACGGCGACACCAAUAUCCAUUCCCUGCGGCGAUCCACGCUGGGCCGAAAGAAUCACGGUGCGAGCAACACAAAUACCUUGAAUAAUCGCGACGCGACGCCGGUACUUAAUCCCUUGUACAAUCACGGCGCAGAUCUCCUGAGCCCUAGUCCGUCCAACGACAACGUCACCUUCAGGGAGAGAAAGGAUUACUCGCAUCUUGGAUUUACGUAUCUAGGCGAGCAGAGUCCCGUAGAAACCACGACGGAAUUGUAAGUUACAUGAUUCGACGACGUGCAAAUGGAAGCCACGUAUUGGCUCAAAAACCGUCACCGAAUUACACGUAUGUGUUAAAAAAUAACACAAAAAUGAAUUAAUAUGACAGUGUAAUUUUGAUAUCGUUUCGAUAUACAAGUAAGACUGUGAUGGACGUAAUAUUUUUUUACAUCAAAGUUUUAUCGAGAUAUACCGUAAGAUAUUAAAAUGCCUAAAAUCUUACAUCGCGUAAAAAUCAUGUCAACAAGCAUCUCAUCUUGCAUUCACAAUAUGCAUAUAAAAUAGACAAUUAUGUGCCUUUUUUGCAUGUGUGGCAAAAAAAAGCGGUAUAAAGUGUACUUAAUUUCGAAAAAAUGCGUAAUAUAUGACAUAUACAAGAUAGAAUUCAGAAUAAUUGCUACCGAGUAGCGCAUACUUUUUCUCAUAUGUACAACCCCGAAGCGCAUAUAGAGAACAUGUCAAAGCUUACGGAAAAUAGUUGAGUGAUUACGUACAUAUAUAUAUAUAUAUAUAUAUAUAUAU